UCAUCAAAUCCCAAUUAAUCAGACCACUGUCUUUCACACUCGCUUUUUCAGACUCAGACAAUGGCGGGAAAGCAAGUCGCCGGCGACGGACUACCGGCGAACUUCGCCGGAAUGUCAAAGAACCAGCUCUACGAAAUUAUGUCUCAGAUGAAGACUCUGAUCGAACAGAACCAGCAACAAGCGAGGCAGAUUCUAAUUCAAAACCCUCUCUUGACGAAAGCUCUUUUUCAGGCACAAAUUAUGCUUGGCAUGGUAAAGCCUCCUCAAGUGGUUCCGAGCAUCCAGCCACCGCCAGUGCAGCAUUCUCAGCAAUCAGCACAGCCACUUCAGCAGUCAAACAUCCAGGCUACACACUCUUUGCCUAGUCAAGCUGGUUUGCUGGACCAAACAAGUGCAUCUCAGACCCAAACUUCAAUAAGAAAGCAACACCAGAACCAACCUGCUAUGCCUAUCUCAUCUACAUCUAUUCCUGCUGUUAACCUUCAGCCUCAGCCAAUGCAUUCACAUGCCGCACAGAUGCCACAGCAGCCUAAGGGACAUCUGAAUCCUCCAGUGGCGCCAAUGUCACUUCCACAAUCCUCUCAAGUCUCAAAUAUGCCUCCACUUGCUCAUCAUUCUGCUUCACAGCCACCUUCACUUCAUCAACCCCAAAUGUCCACUGCCUCCAGCCAAUUGCCACAACAAUUACAGUCAACAGGACUUCCUCAUCUUCCAUUGCAACCACCAUUGCCACCCCAACCAAGACCAUCUUCAGUUCCAUCUUUCCAUCAUCAAUAUGCGCCCCAAAUGGGGCCCAAUAUGGGUUUCCAACACCCUGGUGCUCAAAAUCAUCCCUCACAAUCUUCUAUGUAUCAUUCAGGUACCAAACCUCCAUCAAGCAUGGGGCUUUCAUUCCAGCAGGGACAACCACCACUUCCAAGUCAACCGCCACCUCAAUCAUUGUAUCAGGCUGGAGGUUCACAUCUGGGGACAGAGUUUGGCAAUCAAGUCGGAAAUUCUAUGAAAGUAGAUAGAGGACCUUGGAUGUCUGGUCCCUCAGACAAUUCAGCAAUGACGCAACUUCCAGGACCACCAUCAGUAGUUCCGGGUCAGAUGGGCCCAGGCAAUCAACCUCCUCGACCUGCAUCGUUGAGUCCUGAGAUGGAGAAGGCACUACUUCAGCAGGUCAUGAGCUUGACGCCGGAACAGAUUAAUCUCUUGCCCCCAGAGCAGAGAAGCCAAGUGCUUCAGCUACAGCAGAUUCUACGCCAAUGAAAUUACUGCAAUUCAUUUGUUUGGAAAGAGUAGGACCUUUUUAAACUAUACAUUUUGCAAAUUAGUUGUGGAUGGCUGCCAGAAACGAUCGUCUGAAGUAGAUUGGAUAUUAUAUUCUAGAAAAAUCACACCUCCACAUUCCGAAGAAAGUUUUGUAUUUGGUUGCUUUGUAUUUCUGUCAAUUCUGUAUCAUACCGUGAUUUCUCAGAUGAUAUUUUCUUUUAAUCUCCUUCAUAUUCAAU